UUCGUUAACAGUCCUAGUCCGAGAUUCUAGGAGGUUCAACCAGCGUCCAGCGACCAGUCGUCGUCGUCGUCGUGUGUGUAGUUUGUUUUCUGUUACUCCCAGUUAAACCAAACCCCAAACCAAUCCUUUGAACGUACGGUUCGAAACGAAACCAACUCAACUUUUGUGAUUAACUUUUUGUGAAACAAAAAUGAAGCCAUUUUUGAUUGCCGCUGCGCUGUUCAUCUCGACAGUGUCUGCCUCUUGGCACGGUGCUGUCUCCACACAAUAUCAGCACUUGGAUCCUCAUAGCCACACCUAUUCGUAUGGCUAUUCCGAUCCCAAUUCACAGAAGCACGAGACGCGUGCUCACGAUGGCACCACGCGCGGCUCCUAUUCAUAUGUGGAUGGACAUGGCCAUUUGCAGUCUGUGGCCUAUACAGCGGAUCCCCAUCAUGGCUUCAAUGCGGUCGGCACCAAUCUGCCUCAGGCGCCAGUGCAUAAUGUCCAUGCCGUUGCUCCCGUUUAUGCCGCUGCUCAUGCUCAUGCCGCCUAUGUGCCAUAUGCUCAUCAAGCUCAUGGCAUUCACAUUCCGGUGCUGACCCACGGUGGCGUCCCCGUCGAUACACCCGAGGUGCAACAUGCCAAGGCUGCCCAUGCGGCCGCACAUGCCGCCGCUGCCCAUGGCGCCCAUGCUGGUCAUCAUCUGUACAAGCGUUCGAUUUAUGGCGGUGGUUGGAGUUAUGGUGCGGCUCCCGCUCAUGUCGCCCUGACACACGGUGGCGUACCCGUUGAUACGCCCGAGGUGCAACAUGCCAAGGCCGAGCAUUAUGCUGCCCAUGCCAAGGCACUCGGUCAGGCGGCUCAUGCUCAUGGCGCUCCCAUUGAGACACCCGAGGUGCAGCACGCUAAGGCCGCGCAUUUUGCUGCCCAUGCCGCAGCUCGUUCCGGUGGACAUGCCAUUGCUCCGAUUGCCCACGGCGGCUAUCAUGUGCCCGUGAUCCACAAUGGUGUUCCGGUUGAUACGCCCGAGGUGCAGCACGCCAAGGCCGCUCACUAUGCCGCCCUCUCGCAGGCAUCCGCUCAUGGCGGCAGCUCUCACAGCUCCUGGGAUGAUGGUCACUACGAUGGUCGCUGGGAGGGCGGUCACGAUAGCUAUGCCACAGGAUAUGCGCAUAAGGGUCCCAUUCACAUUCCCGUCAUCCACAAUGGUGUUCCCGUUGAGCCAGCAGAGGUGCAACAUGCUCGUGCCGCUCAUCUGAAUGCGGUGGCAGCUGCCAGUCAUGGUGGUGCCGCCGGUCACGGUGGCUACUACGGUGGCUCUGCCCAUGAGGAUGAUGGCCAAUACCAUGCCCACUACAAUCACUAUUAAGGAGGAGUUAUUGCCAUUGUGACAACGAUAAACGACGAGCAACCGUAGACUAUCUGCCCGAGACAACCGAAGCAAGCUAGCGUCACUCUCUCUCUCUCUCUCUCUCUCUCUCUCUCUCUCUCUCUAUCCAUCUCUCCCUCUCGCUCUCUUCUUCACGCAACCAUCUCUGUUACACAGAAACACUUUAACGGAAAACGACUACACACGGGAGAUUUGAGCUGCCGUCUCAUUUGCCCGCUUCAAUUAUUUUUCCCAUCUCUGACUUUUCAAGUAGAAAUCGCUCAAACUAUUUGUCUACAUGUCUCCCUGUCUCUCUUCAUGUCUUAACUGCCUUUCUUCACUCUCUUACUGCCACUGUCUCUCUUCUCACUAGCUAUGCUCCUCAACUUUAUUUCAUUCUUCUUUGACUUUAGAGCAACGCUGAACGAGAAUGUUGUAAAUAAUUGUUGUAAUUUUCUAUGUAUCUUGCACCCAUGUGCACCCGAUACGUAUCUAUGUAUAUUAUUAUAUGAAACUGCAAACAGACAAAUAAACUGCAAAAAUGUAUUUGAUCACAAAAAAAAAAA